GCCCACAUGGAUGUUUCUGAAAGCCCAGAGCAAACCCCCCGCUCUCCCGAUGAGAAGGAGGAAGAGGAGGAGGAGGAAGACCAGCAGCUCUCUGAUGACAAGAUCCUGAAAGAGAGCGGCUCAGAGCCGGAGCAGGACGGGGAGGAAGGACAGGAUGCCCCUUUGGGAGACGAGGAGGAAGAUGCGGCCAGAGUUUUGGCCCAGGAGGAAGAGGAGGGGAAUCGCUCCGAGGAAGAGGACCGCUUAAGCGAAGCCAAGUCUCCAGAUUCUGACAAUAAUGAACCGAACAGGGAGCUGAAGGGCUCUUUGAGCCUCAAGGAGGCAGAGAGCGCAAACGACCUUGGCGACGAAGCCUCCUCCGUCACUCGCGAGCUGGAUGAGCACGAGUUGGACUACGACGAGGAGGUUCCAGAGGAGCCAAGCACCGUUGCUGCUGACGACGAGACCGACAAGGCUGGGGGGGAGGAGGAGGAAGAGGAGGAAAAGGGAGAUGAGGCCCCCGACGAGGAGAAGAAACCUGACACCAAGAGCGACGAUGAGAAGGACAGGCAGGAGCCCCUCAAGGAGAAGAAGAAAGAGGAAGGUGACGGAGAAAUUGAUGACGGCGAGAUUGAUGAUGACGAUCUAGAGGAGGGAGAGGUGAAGGACCCCAGCGACAGGAAAGUGAGGCCACGUUCCACCUGCCGGUUCUUCGUGAAAGGUCACUGUACUUGGGGCAUGAACUGCAGGUUUAUUCAUCCUGGCGUGAAUGACAAAGGGAACUACUCCUUGAUCUCUAAGCCAGACCCUUUCUCGCCCAACGGCGCCCCACCCAUCGGGCCUGGCCCUCACCCACUGAUGCCAGCCAAUCCUUGGGGAGGGCCAGCUGUUGAUGAAAUAUUGCCGCCGCCAGACCCUCCGACAGAAAGUGCCUGGGAAAGGGGAUUUCGCCACGCAAAAGAG